AUGUUAAAUGUGAACAUUGGACUUCUUGGUCAUGUUGAUAGCGGCAAGACGGCGCUGGCCAAGGCGCUGUCGAGCACUGCCUCCACUGCUGCCUUUGAUAAGAGUCCGCAGAGUCAGUCGCGUGGGAUUACGCUGGACCUCGGCUUCAGUGCCUGUGAGGUGUCCGUCGAAGACGGCAACGAGGAUGCCACCCAAGUACUGCGGUCAGCCGAUUUGACCAAGGUGCAAUGCACGCUGGUCGACUGCCCAGGGCACGCAUCACUGAUUCGCACGGUGGUUGGUGGGGCGCAGAUAAUUGACGCGAUGGUGUUGGUCAUCGACGCAACGAAGGGCAUGCAGGUGCAGACGGCUGAGUGUCUGGUCCUGGGCGAGGUGCUGGCUAAGCCGCUCGUCGUUGUACUGAACAAGACGGACGCGAUUCAGGGCGCCACGCCAGCAGCUAAAGAGGCAGCAUUGGCGGCCCUCAAGAGAAAACUGCAGCAGGCGUUUCGCCGCACGCGGUGGCCCACGGCGCCCAUUGUGGAGGUGGCAGCUGCCCCACGCGAGAUGGCGGGCGGGAUUGGACACCCCGUGAACACGGAGGCAGUUUUGCCUUUGGUACUGCGCGCGGUCGACCUCGCGGCACUGAAGGCUGCAAAAGAGAGCGAGGCCGAGAGGCCAGCGCAGUUCUACAUGCUCGUGGAUCACUGCUUCGCCGUGCGGGGCCAGGGCACCGUGUUCACAGGGACUGUUGUCGCUGGCGUCGUUCGCGUCGGGGACACGGUGCUCGUGCCAGAGCUGCAGACGACGCGCAAGGUAAAGGGGCUGCAGGUGUUUCACAAACCAGUCGAGUCGGCGCAGAGCGGGGACCGGGUGGGGCUGUGUGUGACUCAGUUUGACCCUACAUGGAUGGAGCGCGGCGUCCUUUGCAGCGCCGCAAGCAGCGGCCGAACGCUGGUGAGCUCCUCGCAGCUGAUCGCGCGGGUGCAUCGUGUGCGCUAUCACCCACUGCCCUGUGACACGCACACAAAGUUCCACAUCACGAUCGGCCAUGCUACCGUAAUGGGAGCCAUGAGGUACUUCGUACGACCGCCGCGCACGACCCAGGGCCUCGACGUCGCAGGCACCGUGACCAGCUUCAAUCCGUCCAUCGAGAGUGCAUAUGUGGAAGAGCUGGGCGAUGGGGUUGUGGCUAGCUACACCUCUACCGACACCACCACAGGCGUCCCCGGACGGCCUUUGCCAGUUGCACCGGCAGAGCAGGACUACUACGCCGUGCUGCUGCUCGAGCGGCCUGUUCUGGCGGCCCCUGGCGUGUCAAUGAUUGCCAUGCGUCUGGAUGUUGAACGGGAGAACUUCUGCCGCAUCGCACUAGCGGGCACGGUAUGCCACGUGCUCAGCGAAGAGGGCGCUGCUGUAAGGACAGCAACAACCGUCCCGGGCAGCGCAGACCACUCUGCGACUCAUGGCCAGGUACCGGCAUGGCGGCGGCUUCCGGUCGUGCGCUACCGGUAUCGCGCGCUGCGAGUAGACCGGGUACUGGACAGCCGGAGUUGCAUCGCCGACGGUGUCGUAUCGCUGCAGACGCCCGGCGCCGGGGGUAGCGGCAGCCGGCCUGCCGGGGCGUCUGCGGGUGCCAAACGCGAUAAAGGCCGUGUUAACGUCGAGGCGCGGCAGAAGGCGGAGCUCUUUGCGGAGGUGCAGAAGUUCCUCCGACUUGCCGUCGUCUUUGAACCGGAGGAUGGCGACGCGGCAGUGACAACUCCUCAAGCAAGCAGCCCUGGCGCUGUGAAGGGCAUCAUCGACUCCUCGUUCGGCAAAACAGGGAAGGUGAAGCUCGUCUUCGAUGGCCCUGUCUUUGCCGAUCCCGCUGCGAGCGCCGCCACAGCGCCGAUCGGCUCAUUCGUGUCGGCGGCGCGUAAUAAGCGCAAUAAUUCGACAAAAGGCCCCGACUCAGUGGACGCUGGCCGCAGCGGAGGGGUAUUUCUUCGGCCAGGACGCAUUCUUCUUGUACUGAAGAAGUAUCCUUUCGCCCUUCACUCAGGCCUCGAGCAGUGA